GGUGGGAUCUUAGCUACCGUCCAUCUUCAGCUACAUUACAGUGAACGAGCUUGUCGAAAAGAAAAUACAAUUUGGAAGUAAAGAAGACUUUCUGGAAUUAGUUUUGGCUCUAUUUGAAAAAGACACACGAAAGCCCAUACCCUAGUUAACGUGGUGACAGACGGAAUGUGGACAUUGUCGUAGUCAGAGCCAUGGCUGACAAGAGAAAACUUCAAGGUGAGAUCGAUAGAUGUUUGAAAAAGGUAGCGGAAGGUGUAGAACAGUUCGAAGACAUCUGGCAAAAGCUUCACAAUGCAGCAAAUGCAAAUCAGAAGGAAAAAUAUGAGGCAGACCUCAAAAAAGAGAUUAAAAAACUACAGCGAUUGAGAGAUCAGAUAAAAACAUGGGUGGCCUCAAACGAGAUCAAAGACAAAAGGCAGCUAAUCGAGAACCGCAAACUCAUAGAAACGCAAAUGGAGCGGUUCAAGGUGGUGGAACGUGAAACAAAAACAAAAGCGUACUCUAAAGAAGGCUUAGGGCUGGCGCAGAAGGUGGAUCCAGCUCAGAGGGAAAAGGAGGAAACGGGACAGUGGCUAACGAAUACAAUAGACACUUUAAAUAUGCAGGUGGAUCAGUUUGAAAGUGAAGUGGAGUCUCUCUCAGUUCAAACGAGAAAGAAGAAAGGUGACAAAGAGAAGCAAGAUCGUAUUGAUGAGCUCAAGCGGUUGAUUGAGAGACAUAGAUUCCACAUCCGCAUGUUGGAGACCAUUUUACGAAUGCUGGACAAUGACUCGGUGCCAGUGGAUGCAAUCCAAAAGAUCAAGGAUGAUGUUGAAUAUUACAUCGACUCUUCCCAAGACCCCGACUUUGAGGAGAACGAAUUUUUGUAUGACGAUUUAGACCUGGAAGACAUCCCUGCAGCUUUAGUUGCGACUUCUCCGUCGGGUCAGGGCAACGUGGAAGAUGAGAUGUAUCUCCACUCCAGCAGCACUCCCACUUCCACCACCUCCUCCUCACCCAUCCCUCCAUCCCCGGCAACAUGCACUGCUGAGAACUCAGAGGACGAUAAGAAAAGGGGACGGUCGACAGACAGUGAAGUUAGUCAGUCUCCGGUGAAGAACGGCACCCCAUCUUUGCUAUCUUCCUUCUCGUCCUCCACCACCUCGGGGUCGUCCUCGUCCUCCUCCCUCGUGUCCAUGGCGAGUGUCGUCGGAGGCAUUCCCGCGGUGCCCACGAGCAGCAGCCUUAUAGGGAGUUUCAGCAGCGCGGUGCAGCAACAUCAGCAUCAACCUGCGCAGCAGCAGCAGCAGCAGCAGCAGCAGCAAACAUCUCAGCCACCAAAUCAGUCACAGCAGCAGACACCUCAGACAAAACCCUCGGUCCCCACAAACAACACACCGAGCCCGCCCACUAACCCCCUACUCCCAGCCUCCAGUGCCCCCUCCCUCCCCACACCCAGCACACCAACUUCAUCAGCUCCCAACUCUCAGCCUCAGCCCAUAUCCGGGCCCAGUCCGGCAGCCAGCCUGGGCCUGGGGCUGGGACUGGGACUGAGUAAAGGCGGCAUGACUGGAACCAGCAGUGCCAACCAAAUGCCGGGUUUGGGUCUGGGGGGCCACCCCACCGCCCUAAACACAAUGGCGGGGCUCAUUUCGGGGUCCACACCUGCCCCUUACGCCCAGGCAGCAGCGUCGGGAGGCUUGGGUUUGAGCAGCACCACCCAGUCCAGCAUUUCAGUGGAGAGCAGCGCUUCCAUCCCCACCUCUGGCUCCAGUGGAGUCACCACCAACGGGGCGGGCUCGGGGCUCGGCCUGCUGGGCUCCAGCCCGGCUCACAACUCCCUCAGCGGGAGCAUCCUGGGCCUGGUCCCCGGGCAGAGCGUGGCCCCCGGUACCCCUCAAGUGCCGCCGAGCUCUGUCAGCACGACCGCCGGAGUAGUGGGCAUGAUGGGAGGCAACGGAGGCGGCGUUGGUGUCGUCGGGGGAGUGAAUGCCGCCCCUGCACGGCCGCCAAGUGGAUUGAAGCAAAAUGGAAGCACAAGUUACAGUGCCGUCGUGGCCGAGAGCUCCACAGAAUCAGCUCUAAGCACACCGAGCCAGUCACAAAGCAGCCAACCCUCAUCCCUCAGUUCCUCCACCAGUCAGCCGAUGGACAACGGUCCCAGUUUAAUCAGCUCCAUCACCCUGCCUCCCAGCUCUCCGUCCCCCUCGUUCUCAGACAGCACACCAGGCGGAGGGAGUCUCCUCAACGGGCCGCACUCCUACACACAGGCCUCCGAGGUUCUCAAGGCUCCCGAGCCGCUCAGUUCUCUGAAGGCGAUGGCCGAGAGAGCAGCUUUGGGCUCCGGUCUGGACGGAGAGAUUCCCAACCUGCAUCUAACGGACAGAGGUCGGAACGAUAUCUUCUCCAGUUCAUCCGCGGCGCCCGGCACACCAGCUGCUCCUCAGCCCUCCGUGUCGGAGGUCAGCAUCCCCCCCUCGCUUGGAGUUUGUCCACUGGGCCCAACCCCUCUCCCCAAAGACCAGCUGUACCAGCAGGCCAUGCAAGAGUCUGCCUGGACACACAUGCCGCACCCGUCGGACUCCGAGAGGAUCAGGCAAUACUUGAUGAGGAACCCGUGUCCCACUCUGCCCUUCCACCAUCAGAUCCCACCACACCACUCUGACUCCAUAGAGUUUUACCAGAGACUGUCCACAGAAACUCUCUUUUUCAUCUUUUACUACCUGGAGGGCACCAAGGCUCAGUAUCUGUCCGCCAAGGCUCUGAAGAAGCAGUCGUGGAGGUUUCACACCAAGUACAUGAUGUGGUUCCAGAGGCACGAAGAGCCCAAGACUAUCACUGACGAGUUUGAACAGGGCACUUACAUUUACUUUGACUAUGAGAAAUGGGGCCAGAGGAAGAAGGAGGGGUUCACCUUUGAGUACAGGUACCUGGAGGACCGGGACCUGCAGUGAUGGACAGAGGGACGCAAAAAAAAGGACAGAGAAAGACAAAACGUGCUGCUGUUGACAUUCCGAGACUGAACUCCAAACUGUGGAUAGAGAUUGUGAUGUGUAGUAGAAACCCCUCUCCCGACACGGAGACUGGUGUCUGUAUAGGCUGCAUCUCAGCGCGGAGCCCUCGCCGCCCGCGUGGCGCCCCGCCUCUGACGAAAACGCCCCAUGGGUCCGGUCAAACGCGGCGCGCCGCGCGGGCCGGGAGGGCCUCCCCGUUUGACGAUCUGCGUUUGUGCCUGUCUGUGUGCACACUCAGUAUGUGGCAUUAGGAAAGCCUACCCCCCCCCUCCCUCCCCCCAUGCAUGUUUCUCAUGUUUUGUUUUCUUUUUCCGUUUCCAACACGAUCCUCUGUACCACCGACCCCCACAUGAACCCGGAAGCCUUUUUGACUCGACACAAAACAAAACCCUCGGAUUUGAUUGAGUAAACUGCCCAUCCUGUAUUUACUGUAAUUUGGUGGUUUAGAACGGGGACGUCCAGUGGACAUUUUAUUCAUGGUGUGUAGGAACGGCUUCUUUUAAGACCCUACGAUGCCUGUUGAAUACGGUCACUAUUGAAGAUAGUGAGCAGUUAUCAAUAGUUUUAUUGAUAUUGUCCUGGUCGAUUAAAACGCUGAUUGAGAGUGACCACAGGGCCUCUCCCUGUGACAGGGAAAGAGUCCUUAUUGGACAUGGAUUAAAUUGCUAUGCAAUUGAACUGGUCUCUGACUCCCUCUCUUUACAAAUAAAAAAAUGUUUUUAAGUUAACCUGUCGGAAGUAAAAUGCAUUAUUAUGGCACCUUCAUGUUUGUGACAAAUUAAUAAAACUUGUAAAAUAAAUAGGGGUUUUGGGACAUUUAUCCACUUGAUGUUUGACUCUUCCACCGCUGAGGGAUCCUUGCCAUCCUCGAUGCAAAAAAGAAAACUAAAAAAAAACCAGCCACGCUGAGCGUAGUGAAUGUACCCAAGUCACCUCAUUAAUACUUGCAGAAAAACACAGUAUUAGAUCUGAAACCUGAGUCCCAACUUUAGUUUCACUCUCUUCUGUUGCUGUUAUAUUAUCUUAAAAACUCCACUGUGUUCAAUUUACCACCUGAUAUUUAAAGUGAAAGCCCUAUACAGUGAAUGUGCACUGACCAAACUGUUUACAUGUAGAGUUUAAACAUUUAAAUCCU